AGCGGGCUCUGAGCGACACCCCCGCGCUCCCGCGCCACUUGGGCGCUCCUGGGUGAGGUCCCACCCCUUGGUUCCACGUGGUCGGCGGCGGGGCCAGAGCGGCUCUGGAUGCCGGUGUUGCGUGUGGCGUGGGUACUGGGAUGGCGGGGGCCUCGUCCGGCGGCGCUGCUCGGUUCUCUUGUCCCCCCAACUUUACUGCGACGCCCCCAGCCUCAGAGCCCACUCAUUUCUCUUUGGAGGCAUUUAGGAGCCCAGAUACGGAACUGUGGCUGAUCCAGGCCCCUGUAGACUUCCCCCCAGACUGCCUCAAUGGCCGGCUCGUGCCUCUCUGUGGCUCCCAGAUUGUGAAGGGCAAGUUGGCAGGCAAGCGGCACCGCUACCGGGUCCUCAGCAGCAGUGGCCCCCAGGCUGGAGAAGCAACCCUGCUGGCCCCUUCGGUAGAGGCAGGAGGCGGACUCACCUGUGCCCCAGCCCCCCAGGGCAGCCUGAGGAUCUUAGAGGGUCCCCACGAAUCCCCAUCAGGGACCCUGUUGCAGACCAUUCCGGCAAGCCCCCCACCACAGAUCCCUCCUGGCCUGAGGCCUCGGUUCUGUGCUUUUGGAGGCAGCCCACCAGUCACAGGGCCUGGGUCAGUCCUGGCACUGGGGUCCCCAACCUCCGGGAAGAGGAAAAAGAAGAAGCAUAAGCCCGAGGCCUCCUUUCCUCAGGAGGCAAUGAAUGGGCAUGGGACCCUGGAGGUGGACACAGGUUUAGGGUCGCCAAAGAUGGAUGCGGGGAGGAAGAGAAAAAAGCAGCAGCUAAAAGAACCGGAAGUGAUGGAGCUGGUGGCGGCAGAGCCCACAGCUGAGAUGCUGGAACCUCUGGGAGUGCUGUCUCCAUCCACCAGCAAGAAGAAAAAGAAGUCCAGACAGACAGACAUGGUCGAGCCAGAAGUGGGGAUGCUAGAGCCAGAAGCAAAGACAGUGGAGCUGGAACUCACGGUUAAAACUGAGCCUCUAGAAGAAACAGUCCUAUCCCCAACCAAGAAAAGGAAGAGACACAAGGAGAAAGAAGGGACGGAGCCACUGGAGGGGAUGACAGCAGAGUCUCAGCUGCAGGUGAAGAUGGAGCCACGGGAGGAAGACAUCCCACUGCCAUCCUUGAAGAAGAAGAAAAGAGAAAAGGGACACAAAGUGCUGAUGGAGCCGGCGACCGAGGCUACAGAGCCAGAGAUGAGACCUCUGGAGCUCCGAGGGGAGAUGAUGGAGUCUGAACUGCCGCUUGAAGCUGAGCCUCAGGCCGAAGCAGCUCUGGCGUCCACCAAAAAGAGGAGGAAGAAAGACAAAUGGCAAAAUCCAGCGAUGGAGCCAAAGGCAGAGGUGGUGGAGACACAAGAAGAGGCGACGGUACCUGAGCUGCCAGGUGACGACCCUCAGGCAGCUCCAGCAUCCACCAAGAAGAAAAAAGACAGAGGGCACAAAGCGACAGAGCCAGGGACUGACAUGAUUAACCUCCACGGUGAGAUAACGGAGCCUGAGCUGCCAGAUGAGGGGGAGCCCAAGGCCAAGUCAGAUCCAGCAUCCACCAAGAAGAGGAAGAAGCGGGGCCAGGAAAGCUGGGGACCAGAGACAGCAUCCCAGGAGGACAUACCGGAGCUGCCACUGAAUCCAGAGUCUGGGGAGGUGGCUCCCACGGGACGGGAGAAAAAGAAGAAGAAGAAGCUGCAGCAGGAUCCUGUGUAGUUCCCAGGGAAAGUGGUGACUGCAACUAAGAGCCGAGGUGGCCAGCUGGGCCAUCAGAGGGGAGAGAAGAGCCCCCUCCCAGUGACUGUACCAGCACACCAGGAGUCUGGACUGGGAAAAUGCUUUAUUAUUACACCAAGGGCCUCCUUGGCAACUGAGGUCAUUAGGGCACUUUCAAGAAGGGCUCGUGUAGGACAUCAAACAGCCUGCGGGCCUGGCGGGGAGGUGGGGGGAAAGAAACAAGGAACUGUCAUUAAAUGAGCCAUUCGUUGGGUACAUCA